AUGGCGGAGCACGGUGGUUUUCUGAUUCAUGGAUCUGAAGAUAUGUCUAUGAAUCGGUUGAGCACUUUUGUGCAAUCGGUUGUGACAAUCGCAAACAUUUUCGCCAUGAUUUUUGUGACUUUAGCCUGUGGAUAUCAAGGAUUCAAGAGCGGAUGGCCUGGCUAUAAACUUUCUACAGGAUACUUCCCGUAUGGAGUAGACGGGAUGCUUGCGGGCGCUUCGACAGUCUUCUUUUCAAAGAAAAUAUUCGACAAAAUGGUCAAGAAGAAAGUCGUAAUCACGAAAGAGACAUAUUCCGCUUUAAUAAAAGGUUUAUGCAAGAAAGGGAACUCAAGUGACAUUCGUGAAUGCUGCGAUUUCAUUCGAAACAAGAACUGGUUACCUACGUUGAAUGAUUAUAGAACCUUAAUCAAUUCGUUAUGCAAGAACAAUAUGGUGGUGGAAUCUUUGUCUCUCUUUGAGCAUGCAAUGAUGGAUUACCCGCAUGAAGUAACAGAAAUCUUUUACUGUUUUCUUGAAAAUCUAUGCGGAAUCGGGUUCACUAAAACAGCUCGCUUUUUGUUCCAUGAGCUUUUAGAACACGGUUAUCGCUUGGAUCAGGUAGCGUAUAGUCAUCUUCUAAGCGGGCUUUGCAAAGAGAACCGUUUCUCAGAAGCUUUUGUUAUGUCAAAUACGAUGCUAGCCAAUAUUACGACCCCUAAUGUCGACAUUUAUAAUGUUUUGCUUCAUGGGUAUUGUGCGGUUAAUGACUUGACGAAAGUCAAAUAG